AUGGAAGGUUUGGCCAGUUGUUUUGAUCUUUGUGAGAAUGAAGAUGCUGGAAAGAAUGAACCUUCAAGAUGGGACAUGUCAUAUAUGGAACCAAAUAAGACUGAUGGAGGUGUGGAGAAAGAUGUCUUGGACUCGGAGCAAGACUUAAGCCAGGAACAGGGGCUCUUUUCUGAGAAAGGGAACUUGGAUAUUCACUUAUCAUCACCAGAUGAUUCCUCCGUUCAGAGUCUUGGUCCUGAAGUGGAGAAUAACAAGAGCCAGUUGAUUGGUGAAACUUCCAUAAUUGAAGCAGCUGAGAGUGAUUCCACUGACACUGUUCUACUGCUUACAGAGAAAGGAGCUGAUGUCAACCAAAGAGAGAUAGUGAUUGAUGAGAAGAUUCCACUCACUGCAGCUACAGAGAAUGGUCACAAGGAUAUUGUUAGGUUGCCUAAAGAGAACGGAGCUGAUGUCAACAAAGGAAGAAGGAUUUAUGAGAAGAUUCCACUCACUGCAGCUGCAAAGAAUGGUCACACGGAUAUUGUUAGGUGGCUUAUAGAGAACGGAGCUGAUGUCAACAAAGGAGGAGGGAAUUGGAAGAACACUCCACUCACUGCAGCUGCAGGGAAUGGUCACACGGAUAUUAUUAGGUUGCUUAUAGAGAACGGAGCUGAUGUCAACAAAGAAGGAGGAGGGAACACUCCACUCACUGCAGCUGCAGAGAAUGGUCACAUGGAUAUUGUUAGGUGGCUUAUAGAGAAAGGAGCUGAUGUCAGCAAAGGAGGAUGGUUGUUCAUCAAAAUCAAGACGCUUGUAGAUAGAAGAAAGUUCGAAGCGGAUGCCAGGGAUACUAAACUAUCACUUGAAAGACAUGUAGAUGUACAGGUAUGUUAGAAACUUAAAAAGUUAUUUUUCUGAAAACGUUUUCAUUUAAAAAAUUUA